AAACCAAAAUUUCUAUAAAAAAAAGCAAUAAAAAAAAAGACAGACUGGUCUCUCUUAACUGAGUCUCUCGUUCAAACUCUGAGUUGAGGAAGUUCCAGAUCUCGAUCUCCUGAGUUUGAGAAACAAUGGCGAAGCCGAGACAUUCGCGCGUUCCCGGCCGGAAAUCGUCAUCUUCAACCAUGUUUCUAACGGCGCUGAUUAUGUUCACCUUCCUGGUUUUGAUCCUUUUGGCGCUGGGAAUCCUUUCAAUUCCAAGCAGUAAUCCCGGCAGUUCGCAUAAACCCAACGAUUUGAGCACGAUUGCUCAUAACGUUGUUGACAAAAACGAUUAUGAUGAAGGUGUAGGAGAACAAUGGGUUGAAGUCAUCUCCUGGGAGCCUAGAGCUUUUAUCUAUCAUAAUUUCUUGUCCAAGGAGGAAUGUGAAUACCUAAUUGACCUUGCCAAGCCUCACAUGGAAAAAUCGACAGUUGUCGAUAGUGAAACUGGCAAGAGCAAAGAUAGCAGAGUACGUACAAGUUCUGGCACAUUUCUGCCUAGAGGACGUGAUAAAAUUAUUAGGAACAUUGAGAAAAGGAUUGCAGAUUAUACCUUCAUUCCAGUAGAGCAUGGGGAAGGACUUCAAGUUCUUCACUAUGAAGUUGGCCAAAAAUAUGAGCCUCACUAUGACUACUUCAUGGAUGAGUUCAAUACCCAGAAUGGGGGCCAACGUAUAGCUACGGUCCUUAUGUACCUCUCAGAUGUUGAAGAAGGGGGAGAGACAGUGUUUCCUGCUGCAAAGGGUAAUGUCAGUGCUGUGCCUUGGUGGAAUGAAUUAUCUGAAUGCGGAAAAGGAGGACUUUCUGUCAAACCAAAGAUGGGUGAUGCAUUACUUUUCUGGAGCAUGAAGCCUGAUGCAAGUCUAGAUCCUUCAAGCCUGCAUGGUGGAUGCCCUGUGAUUAGAGGAAAUAAAUGGUCAUCUACAAAAUGGAUGCGAGUCAACGAGUACAAGGUCUAAACAGCAGUUAUAAAGGUGACAGGAUUGAAUUGAAUUCCUUAUUAUCCUUGUUGUACUUUGGAAAAGUUGAAGUGAGAGCUCUACAACAGCUUGAGCUUGGAGCCUUCUUCUAUCAGUUUCGGUGUAGUGAUUUUCCCUGCUGACUUGGACACAUGCUCAACUCUUUUCUUUUCUUUUCUCUUUGGUUUUUGGGUUUGUUUCCAGUGUUAGUAAAGAGAGCUUUUUUAAUGUUACUAGCAUCAAUAAUCAUAAUAGAAUAAAAGUGUAAUGCUUAGAAAUGUAGCACAAAUGAAUGGAUCCAUGGUAAUACACACAAUCAUUUAUUUGACAUAAUAUUACAUUGCAUUACAUUACAAUAGCUUCCUCCCA